AUGCUGUCGGUGAAGCAGGCGAGAGAGGAGGCGGCGGCGAGGAUUAGGAGGAGGAUGAGAGUCAUGGGGCGUGUGGCGGCGUCGCAGGAGCCGUUGUUGGUGAAGAUCGGAGUGAGGAGUUGGAAAGCUAGGAGGGUUCCGGUGGGGAGGAGGUUGGCGAGGUGGGCUGUGCUUUCAAGGGCACGUUGGGACAAGGAAGGAGGAAUUGGUGGUGGUAGUGGUGGUGGGGUAUCAUCGGCGACCGUCGGAGUGGAGGUUGUUGGUCUUGCUCGGAAAGACAUACUUGGGUUUGGACUUUGGAGAGGAAAUGUUGGUGGUGGAGUCACUGGAGUGGGUGGCGGACUUUGGAUAGGUUAG